UGUAAACUGCAAUUGUCGCUUCCUAUGACUCGAUGCAGACGGAAUGAUGUAUGGAGGAUUUCUAACAAAUUGCUAAUAUUUGUGCAGAAAUUGUGACAAUGGACGACACAAAAGAUGCGUUUGUGUUCAAAGGUGUUACUGAGAGGCUGACCCUCGGAAUCACUCGAAUACUCGAAAACAUGCCAGGGGUGGUCGAUGUGCGCUACGCAGAGAGAGACCCUGCAGAAAAGAGGACCCUCCUGUCUUGGGAGCAGAAAAACACGUGUAUUUUACCAGAAGAUUUGCGAGACUUCUAUCUGACCACUGAUGGAUUCACAUUAACCUGGAGUGUUAAACUGGACGAUGAGUGUGUCCCUUUAGGUUGCAUGGUGAUCAACGGCGUGGGCAGGCUGUGCCCGCUGCUUCAGCCCGCAUCUGUUUUCUCUCUCCCCAACGCCCCCUCACUGGCCGAUCUGGACUGGGAGGAGAGCAGCUCAGAAAGUGGAUUGGAGCCUGCACCGCCUGCGCCUCAUUUUGAUGCCCGGAGUCGUAUUUAUGAGCUGGAUUCCUGCGGCGGGAAUGGAAAAGUGUGUCUGGUUUACAAAAACUGCACUCCAGGUGUGGUUGCACAACACAGUGAAAUCUGGUUCCUGGACCGCUCACUGUGCUGGCAUUUUUUGACUGCAACAUUUACUGCCUACUACAGACUGAUGAUAACACACCUGGGCCUACCUGAGUGGCAGUAUGCCUACACACCAUAUGGUCCAAGCCCGCAGGCUAAGCAGUGGGCGUCCCUCUACCAGCCCCUGAUUUUCAGCAAUGAGGUUAGCCAGACGGAUUCAGCUCCAGAAGUCUUUCUAAACAAGCUGGAUCCCACAAAGGCCUUCAGAGGCAAAGCCAAGGUACCGCCCCCCAAAAACAAGCAGACGGCCCAGUCCAACUCUGGAGGCGCUGCUAAAGGGCAAGGGAGUGCAGGAAGACACGGUGGAUCAAAACGGUGAAACAGAUCCAAUCUAGAGAGAGACGUUUGCUGCUAUGCGGCUUUCAUUUUGUCUGUUUCACCACCACAUCUUCAAAAGACUGAUCUGCUGUCAUCUGCUUGCUUAGACGCAGGUUUUUGUAACCCAAGAGCACGUGGAGCAUGCGUAGUCUGUAACCAGGAUUUAAGUGGCCUCUCCUGUGUUCAGUUUGGUAUUUACAAGUUGUUGACAUGUUGAAUGUCGACGGGCUUGAAACUUUACCAGAAAAUUAAUCCUUCUGAGCUAACCUUGGGCCAGUCGCUGGUUUCAAGGUAUACAAAGAUUUUGCAAAAACUCUCACACCACGUUUUGUGUUGUUUGUUUUUUCAAGCUGUUGCAAAAAAAAACUGAGACAAGUAUACCGCCCAUCACCAGCUAAUAUUAGACACUUAGCUUGAAUGCAAUAGGGAAUAGAACUGUGUCCAAUGACCACUGGAAAACUGCUGCUGUAGUUAUUUUAUCCAUCCAUCCAUUUUCUAACACCCUUGUCCCUAGUGGGGUCAGGAGAAGUGCUGGUGCCUAUAUCCAGCUAACGUUCCGGGCGAGACGGUUAUUUUAUAUUGUUUUGAAUAUGUUUUGAAUAAAAUUAUUGUUACACUUUUGUUGUAAAUGUCUGCGUAGGUGUUGUGAUAUCUGCACCCAAGGUCGUCACAAAGUGUGCCUCAUACCGGCCGAUGCCUAACCUGAGCUCCUUUAAAUCAGUGUUCCUACUAACUGUUACAGAAAAAAGCAAUCAUAGAAAACAUUUGGUAUUAAACCAGUAACAAAUCUUUCUUUUUGUGUUUUCUGCUUCAAGGAAACAUAAAAGAGAACUGCUUUACGUGACCGUUCCCUGGUAUUUCAAAAACUUUGCCAUUAAGAUACCCACAUGUUUCCGUUUUGGUCCAACGCGAUAUUUCAUCCAGUGUUUCUGUUGAGAAGGAUUUUUCAUCGUAAUUUUACAGUGUACAUUUCUAACGCAAGAAUGACUAAAAACUACUACAAAAUAGUCAG